GCAAUGUUUCACGUCUUCUGAUGUGCCACUUGAUGAAGAAGAUUGACACGGCCACGAUGCGGAUUGACUGUGGCCCUAAUAAAGUUCUUGUAGUCAGCAAAGAAGCCGUGCAUCAGGCUUUUGGUUUCCCCAUGGGUGAUGACACAGCUCCCAGGCCAGCUGAUAGCGGCCAUGACGAGUCAAUGGCUAGAUUUAAGGCAGAGUUGGGUUUCAGCAAAGCUUCUGUGGUUGACACAAAAGACUUGAGGAAUGUCUUGAAGCAGCUUGUAGUCGAUGAGUCAAAGGAUGCGCUUGCUAUAAAGGUUUUCUUUGCUAUCCUUUUUUCAAAAAUGAUAUGCCCAGGUCCUGCUGUCCGUGUAGGCAAGGAGGCGGCAAUGCUAGAUGGUAUUGUUUUUGAAGAUAUGGCAACGAUGGAUUUUUGCCAGCUAGUAGUGGAUGAGUUAAAGCGUGCAGCUAUCAGAUGGCAAGAUCCAAAUAUCAUUCAAGCAGGUCCAGAAGGUUGUGGAGUAGUGCUAGUCCUUAUGUAUCUUGAUUGUUGCCUACUGAAGGCCGUGUCUGUGAUGCAUGUGCAGACUCCGCGUGCAAAUUUCCUGACAGAGAAGGUGCUGAAUUCAAUUUUCUUGAAAGAUAUUGUAAAGAAGGGUGUGAAAAUUUUGGACGGCUAUGUUUUUGGAAAAUUUGGGUGGAAAUCCCGUAACCAGAUUGCAUAUUCCCAGCAAGUUCCCCCUGGGCAAAGUCGUGAUCGCGCUUUUCCUGAUGCACAUGUCCCUACCUACGCACCAAAAGAACAUGCACAUGAUGAGGCUGGCUGUAGCCAGAAUGCAGAUGUAGCUUUUAAUGUACAAAAAUUGAGUAAUGCCAUGGAAGAUGGUGGUGUAUUUGCGAAGAUUAAUGGCUUAUUGCAGAAGGUGGAUGAGUUGGCCACUGAAGUUUCCACGACGUCUGAUCGGCUGGGCUGCAUUGCUGGCAUUUUCCCUGAAGGUCAUGGACCAAGGGAAGAAUCAAUGAAGGAGGCUACAGAGCGUGAUGUUGCUAUCAUCGAUAGUAUCCGGAGCGCGACAUCACACAUUUGCACCACUUUCAUUGACUUGAAGAAGAAACAAGAUGCCAUAUGCAAAGGCUUUGAAAAUGAUGCUCGUAUUAUUGUGAGUCAGAUUAGCAAGCAGAAGAAUGACGUGUCUGCCCCUGUACGUGGCGAUGAUUGUACCGGGCAACGAGGUGAGGAGGCGAGGUUGUUGUGAAUGCGCCUGAUGAUGAUGAAGAGAAGCAAGAGCCCCCUACUGAAUCUCCUCCGCAUGAUUUUAGUGACGACAAUGUCAUUGAUGACGACUUGCUGGGUGGUGAUUCUGAUGGGGGUCGCAAGGUUGUUGACGACAUCAUUGAUUAUACAGAGGGAAUUUUUGCACCAGACCUGCCCGUAGCCCAAGGUGAUUGCGACAAAUCUAAUGAGCCAUAGCUUGGUCAGCAAGUUCAUCAUGGUAGUGUUGGCAUUUAUGAAGGGAAGCACGACAGCGUAUCAGUUACGAUUGAAGGUGGUUUAGAAUUUAAAGAUCACGCUUCAAAUGAAUCUAGCCAGGUUGUCACUCACAAUGCUGAUAGUGGUUCAGGUUUGCUUGAUGGUAGACAGGCGCCUGAAGGUGCUUGUGAGAGUGUGUUUGUCAUGGAUGGCGUUGGUGAUGGUGUCAAUCAUGCAGCAAGUUGUGUAGGAAAACAAGCGCUGAGAGGUACAUCUAUGCCUGAAAGCAUUGGAGCCAGAGGUGAUGUAUUUCCUAUUCCGGUCCGCGAAAUGCAUGUUGUCGAUGGAGCAUGUGCAUCGAACAAGGAUGCGAAGCAUACUGUUGUUUCUGAAUUUCUGAAGGAUGCUACAGUUGUUGACACCCACCCAGGUCGUGUUGCUCAUGCUACUGUAGCAGACCCCAAGGAUGCAAGUGUUUUCAAUGUGUCUCAUGUGCUAGACAAAUCAAAUGUUGACCGUGGUGCAUCUGCUCCUGCGAGACUUUUUGGGAAUCCUGCAGAAGUUACCGAGGGGUUAGAUGCGAAGCUGAAAGAUAUAAUUUCAAAAGCUAUGAUGCGCGGUAAUUAUAGUGUUGAGCCUCAGCCUGAAGUUGAACCCAACGUUGACAAAGUUGGUGCUGAUGGCGCUUCUGAGGAGACAAAUAGCGAUGACUUGGGAGUGUCAAUAAAUGAGAUAGAUUCAUCUCAAACAGUCCCCAGUUUUACGCAAACCCCAACCACACCUGAAGCUGUGCAAUGCAUGAAGGACUUAUACUCUGCUAUUAUGAGGUUAAGGAAGGACAAGAAUAAAAAGGAUGAGGUGCUGUUUGAGAAUGCGUUUUGCAAAGCAACUGUCAAGCAGGUUGCGGAGUCUUUCAGAGUUGGUGGCAUGCUGAACACUGCGGUUGCUUCUGUAGGAAUUUUUCUUCUUCAUUCGAAAUACCAAAAUUCUUCAAGAUGGUGGCUCCAUUUCAUAUUUCGCAAUCUAUCUGGAAGGGGUCCUUUGAUAAUAGGCACUUGAUCAGAUUUUUCUUUGCCUAUGCCGAUGAGCCGCUGGAUAAGAAGGAUAUUGUACUCUUUGGUGUCUUUGACCCUCCAGCUACCAGGGAAGGUGCGGGGCACUAUUGCGUAGUUGCGCUAAACAUUAAGCAUUGUUGUUUUGAGCUGCUUGAUUCUUGGCACCUUCCCGGUAGUGAGAGUGGCAUAAGGGUCAUAAACAGGAUGGCGAAGAACAUUAAGCAGCUUUGGAGGAAUGGCUCGUCUGAGCGCAAGAAGAAGAAGUUGGAUCCGGCAAACAUUGACCAUUUCCGUUUGCACCAUGCCGUUGUGCCCCAGCAGGAAAACCCUAUCGACUGUGGUUUUUUCAUGAAUGAACUGCUGGAGACAUAUGAUGAUCUUGGGCUAGACGAGCCUAAAUUUAGUUUGUUCAAGAGCCAAUGUGAGACGCAAGAAAUUCAGGUAAUAUCGGAUGAUGACAUAUUGAAGUCAGUUGAAGCUGUUAAAGUAAAGAAGGACGGUGUGCACUCAAAAUCAAAGGGGGUGACUUGGGCUGCCCCAAAGGCUGUGGAUCGUUGUGUUGAGAGUGAUGAUGAUUCUUUUAUGCCUCCGGCGCCUAAAAAGGGUUUGCCGCCCAGAGCUGCUAGUCAUAUUAAAGCAACAGUGAAAUCACCUCUUGUUAUGAGUGACUAUGAUGAUUUCAUUUUGCAUGGUGAGAGAACAGUGUUCACCAGGAGAAAAUCAGUGGAGGAGCCAUUGGUAGUGUCUAAUAAAAGGCCAGUUGCUCUGUCAAUGAGGCUGAGAAUGCCUGUGUAUGCUCUCAAGCCAUUCAAGUUUCCAUUUGUGGCUGUUGCAAAACAAAUUUUGGACCUAAUACUUAGCAAGGAGUUUAUCGACAAGGUCCCUCUGUUUAAGUGCACUUCUCGAACUGGCGAUGAAUUUAUAGCUGAUGCUAAAUAUCUAGUUACCUACUUUGGUCCUGCCGGUUGCAUUGAUACUGAGUUGAUGGAUCUUGUGAUCAGCUAUUGGAAGGGAAGCCCUGACUACAAUCAUGUGUAUAAAUCCGGAGAUAGGGUGUUGCUUAGCCCGUAUGUGAUAAAUUAUCUUGUUGAAAUUGAACCAUACCAUCGGCCAGUUGAUGAAGAUGGGCAGGAGAUCCCGAGGCCGCCCUUCAAUGUUAAACUUGCUGCUCAGAAGUUCAAGCUAUACAUAAAAGAGAACCUGCUCGCUGCAAACCUGAUCAUGCUACCAUAUUGGAAUCGGAAUCAUUUCACACUGUACACUAUGAACAAGUAUCGUGAGUCCCUGGAUAUCCAUGACUCGUGGAGAUACACAGGGCGUAACCUUUCAAGGAACCGAUUCCAUGAAGAACAUGUCGAAAUUAUGUCCAGGAUGUCGUUGUUGAUGAAGGAGGUGUAUGGCGAAGCUGCAUACAACUCUUCAAGACAGCCCCGUUGGGAACAUCUGGCAGAGAGAUGUAGCUACGCGAAAAUGCUAGAGCAAGGGGUUAACGAAUGUGGCUUUUACAUGUUAAAAGCUGCUUUUUUGUAUGAUGGCAUCAAGCUAGUAGAGGAAGUGAAGAAGCGUGAUCCAUAUUCUGCGUACUGGAAGGCCGAGUGCCUUUUUUAUGUUCUUUUCCACCCUAAUAAUGAGGUUCGGCGCGACCAGUGGCCGGGGGAGAUGGCUGACAUUGCUAAGUUGUUAUAAGCGGGAUUGCAGGACAGCGGCGCAAGUAGAUGAAUAUGUCGAUGUGUUUUAUGAAUGUUUUUCUCAUGUUUUAUGUAUUUUUGGAAUUAACUGCACUAUUGUUCAAGAUGGUAACUUCAUAUCGUGGAGGAAGUUAACUGUCUCCUCAAAGCACAUUUUUUAUUCCACUUUC